ACCUUAUGCGGAAGACAAGUUCUCCAGACUUCAGGUGUUUCAUCAAAACGAUGGAGGUGUUCGACAGUGAGCCGUACGUGGACACUUCCUCAUGUGAGAGAUCCGUGUUUUGGUGAGCAAGAAUGGUAUUACUUCGUAGAGAAGAACCCUAGCGGUCACAAAAGCCUGUCGGAAGAGGGUACAGUGCCUACGACUCACGGAUGGAGGAAGCAUCCCCUUGAGGAAAUAAUUAAAGACAAUGAUGGCGAUGGCGAGGAGGAGGAGGGAACCAUUAUUGGAUUGAAAUCGAAAUUUCAUUUCUACUUAUACAACGGGAGUGACAAGCCCCGUACACCAACAAGUUGGAGCAUGACCGAGUACAAGCUCGUGGAGUCAGAGAAAUGGGUUAUUUGCCACCUUGCGUAUACCCAUUGGAACAAUGAUUUCGAAAAGCCAAGGUAUGGUGGUGUGGAGCAUCCUCCGCUAGGAUGGAAGCUGGUCAAAGAGUUGGUCACAAGUCAGGCAAUCCCACCAAGUCUACACACCUUUGGAUUUAGGUUUCACCCUACAGACAAAGAGUUGGUAACACUCUAUCUUGCUCCCAAGAACGCCUCUUCAGAUUUCCAAUGUUUCAUUAAGGAACUUGAGAUGUUUGCUAAGGAGCCAUGGUUGAUGGAGCUUGAAAGAUCAGCCUUCUACAGAGAGAAGGAAUGGUAUUUUUUUGUUAGGAAGGCAUGGUCUAAGCGUGAGGAACAAAAUCUCCGGUUCUCCUUGGAUGGGAAGAAGAAGCAAUGGAGAAUCAACGGGGAAGUUAGCAACGUUGUAGACAAUGAGGCAGCUAAGAGAAUCAUCGGUUUAAAAACCACUUUCUCCUUCAAUCUGAGUCAAGAGUGUUCAUUCAAGAAGCGGCUGGAAAGUGGUUGA